ACGGGAGGCUCCGCCCGGCCGAGGGCUUCUUUGCCCCGCCCCCUUGCCGCGCCGUCGUGGCGGCCACUUCCUGGCCCUCCCCACCUUCUGCGAAACCAACGAGAGGACACCGCCUGCAUCUAGAGCAGCCCGACCAGGAACGUAACCGAGUGGCGCGCGAACGUGAGAGGAAACCUGUGCGCGGCUGCGCUUUCCCGCCCCUGAGCCGUUCUAGACGCGGGAAAAAUGCUUUCUGAAAGCAGUUCAUUUUUAAAGGGUGUAAUGCUUGGAAGCAUUUUCUGUGCCUUGAUCACUAUGUUAGGACACAUUAGGAUUGGUCAUGGAAAUAGAAUGCACCACCAUGAGCAUCAUCAUCUCCAAGCGCCUAAUAAAGAAGACAUCUUGAAAAUUUCAGAGGAUGAACGCAUGGAACUCAGUAAGAGCUUUCGGGUAUACUGUAUCCUCCUUGUCAAACCCAAAGAUGUGAGCCUCUGGGCUGCAGUGAAAGAAACAUGGACCAAUCACUGUGACAAAGUAGACUUCUUCAGUUCUGAAAAUGUUAAAGUGUUUGAGUCAAUUAACAUGGAAACAAAUGACAUGUGGUUAAUGAUGAGAAAAGCUUACAAAUACGCCUUUGAUAAAUAUAGAGACCAAUACAACUGGUUCUUCCUUGCACGCCCCACUACGUUUGCUAUUAUUGAAAACUUAAAGUACUUUUUGUUAAAAAAGGAUCCAUCACAACCUUUCUAUCUAGGUCACACUGUAAAAUCUGGAGAUCUGGAGUAUGUGAGCAUGGAAGGAGGAAUUGUCUUAAGUAUAGAAUCAAUGAAGAGACUUAACAGCCUUCUCAGUAUUCCUGAAAAGUGUCCUGAACAGGGAGGGAUGAUUUGGAAGAUAUCUGAAGAUAAGCAGCUUGCGGUCUGCCUGAAAUAUGCCGGAGUGUUUGCAGAAAAUGCAGAAGAUUCUGAAGGAAAAGAUAUAUUUAACACCAAAUCUGUUGGGCUUUUUAUUAAAGAGGCAAUGACUAAUCACCCAAACCAGGUAGUAGAAGGAUGUUGUUCAGAUAUGGCUGUUACUUUUAAUGGACUGACACCUAAUCAGAUGCAUGUAAUGAUGUAUGGGGUAUACCGUCUUAGGGCAUUUGGGCAUGUUUUCAAUGAUGCAUUGGUUUUCCUACCUCCAAAUGGUUCUGACAAUGACUGAGAAGUGAAAUGAGAGUAUGUAUGUGAUUGCCGUACAGGACGUGUGUUGUUAUUUGUAGUAACAACUGCAUAUAUAUCCAACACAGCAGUAUGUUUCUUUUUUGUUUUCUUUUUCAAUUUGGUGGCACUGAUUUAUUCCCACAUUGAAGUUUAGUAGUACAUUUUAAAAUAGGGUGGAAUUGUUUUCUUAAAAAAUGUGAUAAUUUCAACUGUGUUGUAAAGAAAUGUCUUAAGAAUAAUAAUUUUACAAAUAAAGGAUAUAUUUAUAAGUAAUAUAUGUGAUAAAUCCUAAAUUAUGAACAUUAAAAUCUGUGUGGCACAUAUUUUUGCUGAUUGGUUACAAAUUUAACAUGUCUUUUUAGCUUGCUAAGAUAUGCAAAUGAAAUCUCUAGUUUCGAAUCUGUGAUUAAAGUAAAACUUUUAGCUAUGUGUUUCUGUUACUUCUAAUGUUGGUUUAUGUUCUAAGCCCUCAUAAGUGCCAAUGGAUUGGCUUUCUCAAAAUACACAACCAAGCAACCAAGGGACUGUUCCCAACCCCUGUUACAGUGAAAGUUGAAAUCUGUCCCUGAAAGUGAAGAUUACUUACAAAGGUUAAUAAUUUUCCUGGGAGCUAGUUUAGUGGCAUUCCUCGGCAUAUACAAUUUCUCUAUGCAUAUACUGAAAUUGGAGUGGUGACCAUAAGGAAUGUAAUGUCAUUUAACUGCACUGCUUUCCAGUUAAUCAAGCUCUUAGCUAUGGCUUGAAUAAAAAUAUACCAGUUGAGAUUGA